CAGCUAACUGAGUAUCUGGUACCUUUAAUCAUAAAAUGGAAAUGAUUUUCCGAGAAAUCUUGAUAGCGCGAGCCGUAGCGAAAUCAAUUAACCAUACCAAUACCUAGGUAGGUGCCUAGUGCCUACCUUACGUUGAUCAAUAUUUCGCUAUGCUUGUUUAUUAUAUUUGCUUAUACUUCCUUACUAAGCUCAAUCCAACAAUGAGUCAAUUCAACGAGCACAUAGAUUUGCAAAAAGUAGCCGAAAUAAUGUUCAAAAAUGAAAAAUAUAACGUCCUAAAACCAACCAUACACAUCAUCAAAGACCAUUUUGUGGAAUUCAUACAAAAAAGACAUAAUAUAGAUACUUCUGAACGCAUGUUUCUCGACAGAAACGGACUUCGACACAUUUGGAAGGGACUGGAAAUUCCAAGACUAAAAAAUUUAAGAAAAGCUGAUGUUACACACAGAGCAAUCGAUGAUAAGAACGCAAAUAAUAAUAUUACUGCUGCUAUUGAUACAGAUAUCAAAAAAAGUAAUAAAAAAGAUAAUAGACAUAGAAAAGGUAAUAAAAGAGCGAGAAAAACAACUACCACAGCAGUCCCAGAACCAAUAAGACCGAGCUUAAGGGACGAUGAAGUAGUGGUAAAGACAACAUUCUUCUGUCCGUUCUUUGGUGUUGUUCGGAUGUCUACACGCGUUCACAAGUUUGAAGAAAAUGAAAAUAUUACAAGGCGGUUCAAUACUAUCAAUGACUGAGCUAAACAAGCAAUAAACUAAAAAUCUAUAAGUAAAAGACAAUCCACAUAGGCAUAGAUUUAAUGCAUAUUUAGAUCUUAUUCCAUACAGAUCUUCUGAAACACGCUGUAUUCAAUGUACAUACUUAUUAUUCUUUAUAUACUUUGGAAUAAUCCUGCAAAGAAAGAAAAGUUAAUCAAUAAAGACCUUAUAAUUAUUUGACAA